GCGGCUGUGGCGCCGGCGCGUGGGGGAGGAAGAUGCUGCAGUCGCUGGCCAGCAAGUCCUGCGUGCGCCUGGUGGAGCGGCACCGCUCGGCCUGGUUCUUCGGCUUCCUGGUGGUCGGUUACGUGCUCUACUUGGUGUUCGGCGCAGUGGUCUUCUCGUCGGUGGAGCUGCCCAACGAGGACCUGCUGCGCCAGGACCUGAACAAGGCGAAGCGGCGCUUCCUGGAGGAGCACGACUGCCUGACGGUGGAGCAGCUGGAUCAGUUCUUGACACGGGUCCUGGAGGCCAGCAGCUACGGCGUGUCGGUGCUCAGCAACACCUCCGGCAACUGGAACUGGGACUUCACCUCCGCGCUCUUCUUCGCCAGCACCGUCCUCUCCACCACAGGUUAUGGCCACACCGUGCCCUUGUCAGAUGGGGGUAAGGCCUUCUGCCUCCUGUACUCUGUCAUCGGCAUCCCUUUCACCCUCCUGUUCCUGACGGCGGUGGUCCAGCGCAUCACCCUCUACGUCACCCACAGGCCCGUCUUCUACUUCCAUACCCGCUGGGGCUUCUCCAAGCACACCGUGUCCCUUGUGCACGCAGUUCUCCUCGGGUUUGUCACCAUGUCCUUGUUCUUCUUCAUCCCUGCAGCCGUAUUCUCCUUCCUGGAGAAUAACUGGAACUUCCUUGAAUCCUUUUAUUUUUGUUUUAUUUCACUGAGCACCAUUGGCCUAGGAGAUUAUGUUCCUGGAGAAGGCGACAAUCAAAGGUUCAGAGCAAUCUAUAAGUUUGGAAUCACAUGUUACCUGAUACUUGGCCUGAUUGCCAUGCUGGUGGUUCUGGAAACUUUCUGUGAACUCCGCGAGCUGAAAAAAUUCAGAAAGCUGUUCUAUGUGAAGAAGUUCAAGGGCGAGGACCAAUUGCACAUUUUGGAGCACGACCAGCUCUCCUUCUCCUCCAUCUCAGACCAAGCAGCUGGCCUGAAAGAUGAUCAGAAGCAGAACGAGCCCUUUGUGGCCACUCAGCUUUCCGCCCACUCAGAUGGCUCUGCAAACAACUAAACGUAGGGCUUUGCUACCUGGUCUUAGAGCACCAGUGUCAGGGCAGUCAGCGGUAGUCUUCAUUUUCUUCCUUUUUAUGAGAAUGUAAAAGCCACGAUGAUGCUAUUUUAAUAAAUACUGUUUGCAGUAUUUAAAAAAAAAAAAAAGAAGCAAACAAAACAGAACAAAAACAGCUUUUACUCUGGAGGGAGGGAUAUCUAAUAUCUGAGGAAACAGGAUAUGUACCUAUCAUUCAUAUGUGACAAAAUGACCUAGACGUUAUUAUAGGCAAAGAAUACUGGAAGCAGUUCAGCUAUGGAUAGAAGCAGGUUUUAUACUUUUAAGUGGGGGAACUUAGGGUUUGCAUUGAAAUCAUUUAGCUAUUGACUAAAUAGCAAAAUUUAUAUUUAAAAGCAAAAAAGGCAUAGAGAUGUGUUUUAUAAAUAAGUAUGUGUAUGGUUUGCAUGUACCUAUACAAAGUGAUUAUUUUUGUAGAAUCUAAGUUAUAACCUACUAUUUAUAAUGAAUAGAUAACCAUUCAAUAUGUACAUAUGAAGUAUAAAUAUGUUUAUAUCCUGUACAUAUGUUUUAGGUCACCAGAUCCCAGUGUACUUCUUAACCCAAGGUAUUAGAUAUAUAUUAUUUUGAUUUCUCUUUAUACUAAAGAAAUCCAGAUUUCCUGCAAUAAAAUAAGGGGCAUAAUAUCCUUAGGAGUGAAUAACUACAGCAUUCUACAACAAUAAAUGUUUCUACCCUCUUGAAAUAGUAAAACAUGCCUGAAUCAUUUGUGAACAUUUCUUUGGAGGUGCACAAGUAAUGAAGAAUGCGAUUUGUAUAAUGAUUAAUAACUUGUUUUGAAAGGGUUUUGUGAUUUUUAUAGCCAACUAGUAUUAAAGCACAGAACUUUACCGUAAAAAAAGCCCCACAUGAACAGAUUAUGUCAAAUUAAUUUGAAAACUUAAUUUGUAAGCUAAAAUAAACAAAAAUCAAAGCUGCUUGCAAUCCUAUGCUUUAUCAAGAAAAGUUUCCUUUCUUGUAGGUGAUGUGUGCACUCCUUCGGGAUCUAUAAAGGCAGCAUGGAAAUGAUGUUCACAAGAAACAAUAAUUUUAGAGGGGAAAAUGAGAAAGAUACUGGGGGAUAACUACUGCUGAGAGCUUCAUCUCCCAUAGUUAGCUGCCCAAGAGGUGGUGCUUGAAGUGUUCCUGAAAAUCAGUGCCCUGCCAAUGAGCCAUGCCUGCUGGGCACUCCAUUUACGGGGUGGAAUGCUCCCACGUUAGGCAGCUCACUCGGUAACCUUGUUCUCUUUCUGACUGAAGGACCUUUUGCAUUAUGUGGCAUACCAGCCCUGUCCUGCUCCCUGCUGUGUUAUCCUUUGACCAUUGUAUCCCCUGACUACAGUAGGCCCUUCUUGUAUAAAAUCAUAUCUUGUCACAUAGCAGCAAAACCGUAGGAUGCCUGGCCAGUGGGCACCCACCACCACCCAUGGGGUCACCACGAGUCAGGGGCUAUUCAACAGCAGUUCACAGCAAGAAGAAGGAAUUACAUUGAUUGUGCAGUUCCCUGUGGCCUACGUAGCUCCUUUGCUGGUGAACACCGAGUCACCAGCAGAUCCUUCUAAGUCCGAACAUGUUGGUAUGCUUUUCCUGAACUUGGGUUGGGCAGCCCCCCAGGUACAUUUCCUUUCCUGACACUUCAUUCCUUAUUCAGUGUGUCCUGGGCAGGUAGAUAAUAACCUCAGGAAUGGAUUCACAGAAUAAGACAUGCUUCAUUGCCAUGGUUGUAUGUGGGAAGUUCACGGUGAUGGCUCUGCUUCCUACAGCAUAGAGGCCUGAGGUAAUGGAGGAUGUAAACCAGAGAAACAGUGGGUCACACUUGAACAGUGUGGUUAUAUUUUAUUCAGUGCAGGGGGUGACUGGUUUGCCAUAACUGUUAAUAUAAGAGCUUUUGUCAGCUGCCAUCGAGCUGGCUCUCAACUCAUGGCGACCCCAUGUACAACAGGAUUGGACUAUUGUGAUGCAUAGGGUUUUCAUUGACUGAUAUUCCAAAGUAGAUCUCCAGGCCUUUCUUCCUAGUAUCUCUGAGUCUGAAAGUUCCAAUAAACCUGUUGAGCAUCUUAGCAACGUUCAAACCAUCACUGAACCACCCCUUCAAAACUGGAAAAUAAAGAAGAGUGUAAAGGAAAAAUUCUGAAUCAGGAUGUCAUUAAUUAUAGUAUGGUACUUCACUUUAAAACUUUUUCUGAUUCUGUAUACACUAAACCUUGUUGUUCUUAGAUGCGCUCAAAUCAGUUCCGGCUCAUAGUGACCCUUUGUACAACAGAAUGAAGCACUGCCAGGUCCUGUGCCGCCCUCAUAAUUGUUGCUUUGCUUGAGCCCAUUGUUAUGGCCACUGGGUCAAUCUAUCUCAUUGAGGGUCUUUCUGUUUUUCCUUGACCCUCUACUUUACCAGGCAUGAUUUCCUUCUCCAGGAACUGGUCCCUCCUGAUAACAUGUCCAAUGUACAUGAGACAAAGUCUUGCCAUUCUCACUUCUAAGGAGCAUUCUAGCUGUACUUCUUCCAAGACAGAUUUGUUCAUUCUUCCAGCAGUUCAUGGUAUAUUCAGUAUUUUUGCCAGCACCAUAAUUCAAAGGCAUGAAUUCUUCAGCCUUCCUUAUUCAUUGUCCAGCUUUCGCAUGCAUGUGAGGCGAUUGGCUUGGGUCAGAUGAACCUUAGGCCUCCAGGUGACAUCUUUGAUUUUUAACAUUUUAAAGAGGUUUUUUGCAGUAGAUUUGCCCAAGAAAUGUCGUUUCAUUUCUUGACUGCUGCUUCCAUUGCCGUUGAUUGUGGAUCCAAGUAAAAUGAAAUUCUUGACAACUUCAAUAUUUUCUCUGUUUAUCAUGAUGUCAGUUGUGAGGAUUUUCUGUUUUCUUUAUGUUGAGGUGUAAUCCAUACUGAAGGCUGUAGUCUUUGAUCUUCAUCAGUGUUUCAGGUCCUCUUUAUUUUCAGCAAGCAAGGUUGUGUCAUCUAAUUAUUGCAAGUUUUUAAUGAGUCUUCCUCCAAUCCUAAUGCCACAUUCUUCAUAUACUCCAGCUUCAGGGAUCAUUUGCUCAGCAUACAGAUUGAGUAAGUAUGGUCAAAGGAUACAAACCUGACACACAUAUUUUCUUAUUUUAAACCACUCAGUAUCCCCUUGAUCGGUUCGAACGACUGCCUCUUGGGUUAUGUACAGGUUCCACAUAGCACAAUUAAGUGUUCUAGAAUUCCUUUUCUUUACAGUGUUAUCCAUAAUUUGUUGUGAUCCACACAGUCAGAUGCCUUUGCAUAGUUGAUAAAACACAGGUAAACAUCUUUCUGGUAUUGUCUGCUUUUAGCCAAGAUCCAUCUGACAUCAGCAAUGAUAUCCCUCAUUCCAUGUCCUCUUCUGAAUCCUGCUUGAACUUCUGGCAGUUCACUGUUGAUGUACUGCUGCAACUAUUUUUUAAUUACCUUCAACAAAAUUUUACUUGUAUGUGAUAUUGUCUUAGCUGUGUUCUUUUGAGAAGCAAAACCAGUAAAACAUAAAUACAUAUAUAGAGAGAGGGACAUUGAUAUCAAGGAAACGACUGACACGAUUGUAGAGGCUGGAAUGUCCCAAGUCCAUGGAUCAGGAUAGAGGCUUCUCCUGAUUCACACAGCUGUGAGGGCUGGCAAACCCAAGAUCAGCAGGUUGGAGAGCAGGAGUCUUGCUCACAGGCUGUGAAGGUCGAUGAGUCUCAAGAUCAGCAGGUAAGCUGCUAGCUCAAGUUCCAAGAACCAGAAGUCAGACAAACAGGAGGCAGCUGCAGAAUCCAGAGAGGGCAAAAACCAGAAUGUCCACUUAAAUUUGAAUGUAGGUGACACGCGCAAGGAAACUCCCAUUCAACUGAUUGGCUACUCACAGCAGAUCCCAUCAUGGGGUUGAUCAUAUAUAAACACUAAGAAUCAUGACCCAGCCAAGUUGACACACAAUCUCAACCAUCACAGAUAUUAAUGAUGUUAGUUAAAUAAUUUUCACAUUCUGUUGCAUCUUUGGAAUGGGCAUAACCGGUUCUCUUCCAGCCGGUUGACCAGGUAGCUGUCUUCCAAAUUUCUUGGCAUGAAAAGUGAGCACUUCCAAGGAUGCAUCUGUUUGUUGAAACAUCUCAAUUGGUAUUAUCUCAGUUCCUGGAGGCUUGUUUUUCACCAAUGCCUUCAAUGCAGCUUGGACUUCUACCUUUAGUACCAUCAGUUCCUGAUCAUAUGCUAACUCCUGAAAUGUAUGAACAUCGGCCAAUUCUUUUUGGUACAGUGACUGUGUAUUCAUUCCAUCAGCUUUUGAUGCUUCCUGCAUCAUUCAAUAUUUUCCUCAUAGAAUCCUUCAAUAUUACAACUCGAGGCUUGAAUUUUUUCUUCAGUUCUCUCAGCAUGAGAAAUGCUGAUCCUGUUCUUCCUUUUGGUUCUCUAACUUGAGGUCUUUGCAAAUUUCAUUAUACUUUGUCUUCUUGAGCUGCCCUUUGAAAUCUUCCAUUCACCUCUCUUAUGUGAUCAUUUCAUUCACUUUAGCUACUCUACAUUCAAGAGCAAGUUUCAGAGUCUCUUCUGACAUCCAUUUGGUUUUUCUUUUCUUCCCAUAUUUUUAAUGACCUUUUGCUUUCUUCGUGUAUGAUAUCCUUGAUGUCAUCCCAAAACUCCUCUGGUCAUUAGUAAUAAAUGUGCCAAAUCUAUCCUUGAGAUGGUCUCUAAAUUCAGGUGGGAUAUACUCAAUGUUGUGCUUUGCCUCUCACGGGCUUGUUUUAAUUUUCUUCAGCUUCAACUUGAACUUGCAUACGAGCAAUUGAUGGUCUUUUAUGCAGGCACCCCCUGGCCUUGUUCUGAUGGAUGAUUUUUGAGCUUCUCCAUCUUCUCUUUCCACAGAUAUAGUUGAUUUGAUCCCUGUGUAUUCCAUCCAGGGAGAUCCAUGUGUAUACUCGCCAUUUAUGUUGUUGAAAAAAGGUAUUUUCAGUGAAUAAGUCAUUGGUCUUACAAAAUUCUGUUAUGCAAUCCAGUGUCAUUUCUAUCACAGGCCAUAUUUUCUAACUACUGAUCCUUCAUUUCCAAUGUUUGCAUUCCAAUCACCAGUAGUUGCAGUGAAUUUGGAUUGCACAUUUGAUUAAUUUAAGACUACAGAAGUUGAUUAAAAUCUUCAAUUUCUUUAUCUUUGGCAUUAGUGGUUGGUGCAUAAAUUUGAAUAAUAGUCAUAUUUACUGGUCACCCUUGUAGGCAUAUGGAUAUUUUCCUAUCACUGACAGCCUUGUACUUCAGAAUAGAUCUUGAAAUGUUCUUUUUGACUAUGAAUGGGAAGCCAUUCCUUUUCAAUUUGUCAUUCCCAGCAUGGUACCCCAUAUGAUUAUCCAACUCAAAAUGGCCAAUACCAGUCCAUUUCAGCUCACUAAUGCCUACAAUAUAGAUCUUUAAGCAUUCCAUUUCAUUUUUGAUGAUUUUCAGUUUUCCUAGGUUCAUGCUUAGUACAUUCCAUGUUCCAAUUAUUAAUGGAUGUUUGCAGCUGUUUCUUCUCAUUUUGAGUCUUGCUACAUCAGCAAGUGAAGGGCCCAAAAUCUUGACUUCACCCACAUCAUUAAGGUCAACUCUACUUUGAGGAGGCAGCUCUUCCCCAGUCGUAUUUUGACUGCAGAACACACAAGCCACCACAGUGAGACAAACUGACAGGCGAGUCGUGGCACUAAGCCUUAAUGUUCUUCAAAUUGUUGUUGUUAAUGUGAAGGGUGAGGUACAAAAAGUGGAGCAAGUUCUGCCUACCCACUCCAUCUGAUGGGGAAUGGAAGUGGAGUUUCUUGCUUGGACUGCUUUUGUCUCUGGCCAGUGGGCAGUUGCUGCCCUGUGAUCUUGAUGGAGAAGGAUGUGGUAUCUGCCAGGAAUGUGGCCAUCUGGGUCUUCCCUACAGAACAGAAACAGUGUCCUUUGGGGAGGUGAUGAGGAGGCAGAGCUCAGGGUAGCCAAACUAUGCAAAACCCAACAUUUGGAACAUUUAGCUGGAGGUGGGGGAGUGCAGAGUAGGAGGUGGAAGUGAAUUCUAGAGAAGAGGGCUCUGAGUGAUGUCUAUAAACUAAAGGAUCCAACUGCUGGACAUGAGUGUUGUAGCUUGAGUUUAUAAUCCUAGGGAAUGCCCUCAGGGGAGAAGAGUGGCAGAAGUCAUUGUCAUUCAAGGAGAAGACUGUGUGUGAACUAAAAGGUGACAUGUUUCUGGUGGGGAUGUUGGUCUCCAAGCAGCAGGUAUACUCACCAUGAGGAAAAGACAGAGCAUCUUAGAGUGGAGGUUCUCACCUUCCCAGAAGUCAAAGGGAGUGUAGGCCAAGAGUUGGAAGACUGCUCCAAGAAUCUUACAAAAGACAUUCAUGGAACAGGGAAAGCUUGGCCUGAAUGACUCCAUAUCUGAGAUUUUUUUCUUACUAUAUUAAUCACAAUCAAGAUAUUAAAAAGCGAUUUGUUAAAAAGAGUGAGAAAGAAAAAAGGGGUUACUUUCUGAACAGAUGAAUUUGCUGUGAUUUAAGGAAAAAUGUCAAUGAUUGCUAAGCUGUGAGAUCAUUUUUUUCUUGCCUAAAAAACAGGCUCAUACUUUCUGCAAACUUGCCCUAUGGGCCUUUUGGAAAAUUAAUGAUAUACUUACAAAUCUAGAGACCCUAAGGUAAUUGAAAUAGUCAAUGCAAAACCUUUUCAACCCUUUAAAGUUAUCAGCAGUACACUGAUUUCUUAAAAAAAAAAAAAAACAGCUAGUAUGUGUUUCAGAUAAGGGUUAAUUUUAAAUUGGCGAAAACAUGCACUGAAAGAUAAUAGGGUAAAAAACCCAACCAGUUGCCGUUGAGAUGAUUCUGACUCGUGGGGCCCCGUGUCUGUCAGUAUAGAACUGUGCUGCAUAAGGUUUUCAAUCGCUGGCUUUUUGGAAGUAAAUUGCCAAGCCUUUCUUCCAAGGCACCUCUGGGUGGACUCAAACCUCCAACCUUUCAGUUAGUAGUCGAGCACAUUAACCAUACCACUCAGGGACUAGUAGUAAAAUAUCUACAGUUUAUUUUGGACUGCAACAUAGCAAUGAUUGUGAGAAUGGUGCAGGCCCGGGCAGUGUUUCAUUCUGUUGUACAUAGGUUUGCUAUGAGCUGGAACCAACUUGACGACACCUAGCAACAACAGCUUAUUUGAAAUUCAGUGAGCAGAGCUUCCCGAUUUUGUGGCAUGUGAACAUUCACCCUGUGAUGCCCUUUUGUCAAAACCUUCAAUGCUGAGAAGGUAUGUGGAAAGUACUGAUACCCUCUUUGGGCUGUAAUAUCAGAAAUGUGUACACGGUCAAACAGAUCAUUCUUUGGAAAACUUAGUAACAAAAGUUUCUAAAAACAUAUUACCGAAAUUGAA